AAAACUCCCACGCCAAUGUUUCUAGCCACCGGGGCAACCAUUGCAGCCGGUCUUGCGCAAACAAUCCAAAGCCGAAGGGAUAAGAAAAUCACUCCAAGUCCGAAUAACAACGUCUGACAGCGCAGAGGGAAAAUUCAAUAUAUUUCACUCAUAAAAUUACAACGGUUAAUCAGGGUAAAAACUGAUACGAUCAAUUAGAUGGACGCUCGGAACAUGCAAUAGAGGUUCUGAUCCAGUUCUGUGGGUCCUACUCGUGGAAAAUGUCGAGUUCUUGGCUCGUGACCGCGUUUAUUCAUAUCAAGCCCAGAUGAUACCAUGACGUGAUUUUCGUGUCCUAAUCGAGGUGUGCCAUGUGUCUGUGAAUUUGUGUCGGUGAGAUUGGGAUAUGGCUACUCCAUCGGACAGCCCCGUGGAGGAGGUUGUUUUUGAGAUCGAACCGUCCAGAGUACCAAAGCCUGUGCCUGUAGCCUUAGAGGACCUUUGUAGACUCACCAAGUUCACUAGACAAGAAAUUCGGAUCAUGUACAGAGGUUUCAAAACGGAAUGCCCGGACGGUGUCGUUCAUGAAGAUAGCUUCAAAGACAUUUAUUCCAAGUUUUUUCCUCAUGGAAACUCCAGCUUGUACGCCCAUUACGUGUUCAAGGCCUUUGAUGUUAACUGCAAUGGUGCAAUUAGUUUUAGGGAUUUGUUAAUCACAUUAUCAACCCUCCUACGCGGCUCUGUGUACGAAAGACUGAGAUGGACAUUCAAGCUGUACGAUAUAAACGGAGAUGGCUGCAUCAGCAGGGCCGAACUAGGUGAAAUUGUAGUGGCUGUUCAUGAACUGAUGGGAAGGCGGGCACACCAAGUGGAAGAUGACAGGAAAGCGAGGGAGCAGAUAGACAGGAUUUUCCGAAAGUUGGACUUGAAUCAAGACGGCGUCAUCACCAUAGAAGAAUUCAUGGAGUCUUGUCUUAAGGACGACAUGAUCACGCGGUCUUUGCAGAUAUUCGAUGCGUAACUGUGAUGGAUUUUUGUGCAUUUUUGAGUUUCUAAGAGUUUAGAGGUUACAUAUUUAUGAAACGCGUUUGGUGCAAAUGAUUCCAAGUUGAACUCGAUUGAAAAUUAUCAAAUAUGUUUGGGUGGUUGUGAUAAAUUGAAUCUCUUCUCGUUUUUGCUAUAUUGGGGUAGAUCAUUUUAAUUAGGUCGAUACGGGUUGAUUAAGCAAUGAGAAAUCAAUUCAUCCUCAUCUGGAUACGGUCGGAACUUAGAUGUGUAAAAAUACUGGUGUGACUCACUGUUGAAAAAGUUGUAAUGACCCUUCGCCAGCUUGAUUCUCGGAAGAACGGCACACUGCUUGAGACAUAAACCCAAUCGUUUUACGGCAAAGUAGAGGAUAUGAAGGGUGUAUAUGGCAGGAACCACUCAGUUGCCAUACUAAUAUGGUCCCGGGAUGAAACACCUCAAUCCAAUAAUCAUCAAAAUUGUCUGAGACACAAUCGUCAAAAAAUUAAAUUGGGAAUUAUUCGAAGAAUCAUCUUUCUUGAAUUUCAAGGAGAAGGCACUCUCAUCAAAUUCCACUGACGUCUUCAUGGAAUAUGGCCAAUUCAUUGUAUAUGGAUAUGAAAGUUUUUCCAUGCCUACGAAAGAAAAGUUACCAGAAUUUUCUUAAACAAAAUGUAAUCAGUGGACACACCAGUAUUUUUGGGCAUUUCGUCGUAACCCACGAGAUCAAGAUACAAGAUUUCAUGGUAUUGUCAAAAAUUAGGCUGUCUAUGGUAUUAUUUUACGUCAAAUAUCAGACGACUCUGUGUUUGAUUUCAAAUUAUAUCUUUUUCUUUUUCAUA